AUGUCCCCGGACACGGCUGUCUUGACCACAACCUCGUCGAUCCAGGCAUCGCCCGAACCCAUCCGGCCAAAAGACGUGGAACAGUUCCCUUCUACUUUCCAGCUGCCAGACUCCAUCCUUUGUCGGAAAACCAGCAACAACUCUCUCGGCCACGGGUGCCCAGACAGCACCAGCCCCAUCGCCGAGACCACUUAUCAAAGUGUCAAUGGCCACAUGUCCACGUCGAGCAACGCUACCGCAACCGCUCACGGCAACCAUGCCAACUGUGCCUGCGGCAACACUGGCAAGAACAACCUGAUCCGACGGCUCUCGAGCCGCGCAUCGAGGCGAAUCGCGACUCGCAGGCGGCAAUCGUCGGCCGCACCGGCCAGCAGGGAUGGCAGUGUCGGCCCCUGCUUCUUGCGGCGCCGUAGUGACAGCAACGGGACGGCGCCGCCCGACUACGUCACCAUGUCGACCGACUCCGAAUCGGACCUGGACGAGCGGGAGGACUUUGCUUCCAUCGGAUCCUUGUACCUUGACAGCGCAGUCCGGGGCUCGUCGGCUAACAGUACGACGGGUUCCAUUACCGGCAGUGCCAACAACAUGGCAGGCCCCGUCAUUCCCCUGCAGCUUCAGCAAGGCACCUGGCUGAGGAAAAUAUCCAAGAAGAACCGUUCCAAGCGCAUCCCUCUCGUCUACGAACCCGAGACGAACAAGCUCACAUGGGACAGGCAGCGGCCAAACAAGUUUCUCCACGUCGACGAGAUACGGGAGAUUCGGACCGGCUCUGACAUUCAGCAGUAUGGCCGCGACUUCAACAUCCCGGAAUCAGAGCGCUCCACCUGGUUUUCCAUCCUCUACUCCAUCCCCGAAAAGUCAAAGACCAAGUUCCUGCACCUCAUUGCUGACGACGUCGAGACGUGCCUCACGUGGACAACCUUUCUCGACGCCUUGCUCAAGCAUCGCCAGGAGGUCAUGACGUCUCUCAUGACUUUCAACGACCGCGCCAUCGCGCAGUACUGGCAGAGCGAGAUGACGAGGCAAUUUGGCGACCAGCCGCGCAGUGAGGAGCACGAGGAGCUGGGCAUCGCGGGCGUGAUGCAGGUUUGCCACAACCUACACAUUUACAGUUCUCAUUCUACACUGCAGGCCAACUUUCGCCGCUGCGACGCUCGACGCCGUGAGCGGCUCAAUUUCUCCGAGUUUUUGAAUUUUGUGCGGCUCAUGAGGCAGAGAUCGGAUGUGCGGCGAAUCAUGUACAGUAUUGCCGCCAAUCCCGAGGUCGGCCUGACCCUGUCCGAGUUCUUGGCCUUCCUCCGGGAGGUCCAGGGCGAAGAUGUUGACUCCAACACGGCCAUGUGGGAGAAGCACUUUGCCAAGUUUGUUCGCAAGCAUCGGCCAGGUGACGCCGACGGCCUUGACGCCGACCACGGCGGCGCCAGCAUCAUGUCGGAAGCCGCGUUUGUCGGCUUCCUGGCAUCUCGGCACAACAGCCCCCUCGUCGACGAGCCCCAGGAAUACGCGCUGGACCGGCCCAUGAAUGAAUACUUCAUCUCUAGCUCUCACAACACGUACUUGCUUGGCCGCCAAGUCGCCGGCCAGUCCAGUGUCGAGGGAUAUAUCUCGGCCCUUGUACGGGGGUGUCGCUUCCAAGAGGUCAUGACAACCAUCAACAAAUAUGCCUUUGUCAAGUCGAGUUUCCCGCUCUGGAUCUCCCUUGAGGUUCACUGCAGCCCCGCUCAGCAAACAUUGAUGGUGGACAUCAUGAAGGAGGCUUUCGGGGCUCGGCUCCUCACAGAACCGCUUGAUCCAUCGUCGGACAAGCUGCCAUCGCCAUCAGAGCUCAUGGAGCGGAUCCUCAUCAAGGUCAAGAAGCCCGGAGGCAACCACGACAACUCGUCGACGGAAAUCAUUGGCCGCAGGCGGGGGAGCAGCAUCGGCUCCCCGGUGUCGAGGCCACCCGUCCCGGACAGCAGCUCGUUCCAUCCUUCUCAGUCAGUCCCCCAGAGCCCUCUCCUCGCCGCCAGCAGCCAGGCGCGGUGGCUGGUUGGCAAGAGCCGAGUCAACACCAUCACCGAGGGCCAAGUCCACGGGCUGAUGAGCAGCAGCACCAGCGACAACGAGAGCGGCAGCGAGGUUGGAUCGGUCAGCAGGUCGGCAAACAAGACGACCAAGCUUCUCGGGGCACUUGGCGUCUACUGCGCCGGGGUCAAGUACUUUGGGUUCGACUCGCCCGCCGCCAAGACGUUUAACCACAUCUUUUCCUUUAUGGAGACGAGCUUUGCCAAGCACUCACGGACAAAGGAAGCGAAGAUGGCGCUCGACAUCCACAACAUGCGCUACAUGAUGCGCGUCUACCCCGACGGGAUGAGGUUUGCGUCGAGCAACUAUGACCCCUUAAUUUAUUGGCGCCGCGGCGUGCAGAUGGCGGCCCUGAACUGGCAGACGUUUGACUUGGGAACACAGCUCAACCACGCCAUGUUUGAGGGCGGCAAGGACGAGUCUGGAUACGUGCUCAAGCCAACCGAGCUGCGGGACAUCCAGGUGCGCCCCUUUGACUCGGCCAUUGCACAGGGCAAAAAGGAGCGGUCCGUUGUGUCGUUUAGCAUCGACGUCGUCUCAGCGCAGCAGCUUAUGCGGCCGGCCAACCUCGCAGCCAGCAAGUCCAUGGAUCCGUAUGUCGAAGUGCAAGUCUUUCACGCCAACGACAAGCGCGAUAAGAAGGAGGCGGGCUCUACCCUCGUCCACGACCACGACACGCCCCUCAAGUUCCAGACCGAGGUGAUACGGGAGAACGGCUUCAAUCCCGUCUUCUCGGGUGGGCAGUUCAGGUUCAAGGUGACGACGAAGCACCCCGAGCUCAUCUUUGUGCGCUGGUCGGUCAAGUUGGCGAGCUACGGCGAGAGCUACAACAGCAAAGACGGCGCGGCGAUUGCAACGUACACGGCCAAGCUCAAGAACCUCAAGCAAGGUUACCGCACGCUCCCGCUGCUGAACCACGGCGGCGACCAGUAUCUCUUUUCCACGCUGUUUUGCAGGAUUAACGUGGGCGCCAUCGAGACGAGGCUCUUCGAUGCGCCGCCCCCGACGCAGGACAUGAGCAAGCUCAACCGCCUGGGCGGCAAGGUGUUUGGCCGUUCCAGCACGAGUCCCCGAAGCACGUUUGAGACGAGCAGCUUGGAAAAGGUCAGUGUUGACGGCACUUGA